CCCUCCUUCUCUCCCUCCGCCACUUCGAGAGAAAGAGCUGUCUGCAAUGGAAGUAGCCACCGCGUCUUCGAGCUUCGCGCUCCACCGGCGCAUGUUAUCGCCGGCGGCUUCUUCCACUUCGUCAAGGACUCGCAAGACCUCGGUUUCUCCCGCCGCCAGAGUUUCUCUCUCCACCGGCUUCCUCCCCUCCUCCUCCGCCGCCGCCGGCAGCGUCUCCGGCGAGUUCUCCGGCGCCAAACUCCGGCCCAAGUCCCUCUCUCCGGCUUCCAAUCCCAGGUCCAGAGGCAAACGGGGCGUCGUCACCAUGGUUAUUCCUUUCUCCCGGGGAAGUGCAUGGGAGCAGCCUCCUCCAGACUUGGCAUCUUACCUUUACAAGAACCGUAUAGUUUACUUGGGCAUGUCUCUUGUUCCCUCUGUGACAGAGUUGAUACUUGCAGAAUUUCUUUAUCUACAAUAUGAAGAUGCCGAAAAGCCUAUCUACCUGUACAUAAAUUCCACUGGCACGACAAAGGGCGGUGAGAAGCUGGGUUAUGAGACUGAGGCUUUUGCUAUUUAUGAUGUCAUGAGGUAUGUCAAGCCACCGAUUUUUACUCUGUGUGUUGGUAAUGCAUGGGGAGAAGCUGCCUUACUUUUAGCAGCUGGUGCAAGGGGGAACCGUUCUGCUUUGCCAUCUUCGACAAUCAUGAUGAAGCAGCCAAUUGCAAGAUUUCAAGGUCAAGCAACAGAUAUCGAUCUUGCCAGGAAAGAAGUGAAGAAUGUCAAGGCAGAGUUGGUUAAACUCUAUGCGAAGCAUAUUGGGAAAACACCAGAGGAAAUUGAAGCUGACAUCCGACGACCUAAAUAUUUUAGUCCUAGUGAAGCGGUUGAGUAUGGUAUCAUAGACAAGGUGCUAUACAAUGAGAGGAGCAGUGAAGAUCAUGGAGUUGUAUCUGACCUGAAAAAGCGCAACUUAUAUGAUAAUGAUGCUGGAGAAUGAAAUUGCUAUUUAUAC